AUGUCCCGCCAAGCCCACACCGACUCCUGGUACGCCGCCACGGCUCGGCCCCAGCCCCACUACCCGGAGCUGACCGAGUCGCUCUCCUGCGACGUUUGCGUCGUCGGCGGCGGCUAUACCGGCGUCACCGCGGCGCUGGAGUUGGCGGAGCGGGGAUUCGACGUGGUGCUGCUGGAGGCCAAUCGCAUUGGCUGGGGUGCGUCCGGGCGCAACGGCGGACAGAUCUGCACCGGCUUUUCCUCGAGCCCCGACAAGCUGAUCGACUGGGUCGGGCUCGACGAUGCGCGGCGCCUCUUCGCGAUGACCGAGGAGGGUAAGCAGAUCAUCCGGGACCGGGUCGCCAGGCAUGACAUCGACUGCGAUCUGACCUGGGGCUACUUCCAUGCCGCCGACCGGCCGCGCGAGCUGAGGGAAUGCGAGGAGGCGGCGGAAACCCUCUCGAAGCUCGGCUACGAGGCGCAGGAGGUGGUGCGGGACGCGGAGAGGGCGCAGCGGCACGCGGCCUCGCCGCGGUUCAUCGGUGGCCUCUACGAGUCGGGCGCCGGUCAUCUCCAUCCGCUGAACUACUGUCUCGGCCUCGCCCGCGCGGCGGCGCAGACCGGCGUGCGGAUCUUCGAGGGGACGCGUGCGCUGACGAUCGAUACCGAGGCCGCCAAGGUCUCGACGGCCAAGGGCGAAGUCAGCGCCAAGUUUCUGGUGCUGGCGAUGAAUGCCUAUCUGGGCGAUCUGGUGCCGGGACUGCGCAGCCGGAUCAUGCCGGUCGGCACCUACAUCGCCGCGACGGAGACGCUGGGCGAGAACCGGGCCAAGGGUCUGAUCCCCGGCAAUGCCGCCGUCGCCGACAUGAAGUUCGUGCUCAACUACUUCCGCCGCUCGCCCGACCACCGGCUGCUGUUCGGCGGCCGCGUCAGCUACUCCACCCUGAUGCCGCCAAACCUGCCGCGGGCCAUGCGCAAGAAGAUGCUGGAGGUCUAUCCCGACCUGGCGGACGUGGGUUUCGACUUCACCUGGGGCGGUUUCGUCGCGAUCACCGUGGAGCGUUCGCCGCAUCUCGGGCGGCUCGGUCGGCGCACCUACUUUGCCCAGGGCUUUUCCGGGUCGGGCGUGACCUUGACUGGGAUCGCGGGCCGGGUGCUGGCCGAGGCCAUUGCGGGUCAGGCCGGGCGUCUGGACCUCUUCGCCAAGCUACCCCACACGCCUUUCCCCGGCGGGCGCAUCCUGCGCACGCCGAGCCUCGUGCUUGCCAUGCUCUGGUAUCGCCUGCGUGACCUCGUCCCGUAG